AUGGAUAAUCUAUGGAACCGUCGCACAAACUCUGGCAAACUGUCCCUUUCGACAACGACAAACGGUACCAACGGCUCAUCGGCUGGUGAUGCCUCCCGGAACGCCUCCAUCGCCAGGCGCCACGGCGGCGACAUAUCCUCGCAUGGCAAAGCCAGCCCUUUUAAUACUCCAGGCGGCAGCCUAGCGUCUCCUACCAGUGGCGCUUCAAGUGCUUUUGGCUUGGGCUCAGGUGCUUUUGCCUCGUUCGGCUCGGCCAAGACUCCCAAGUCUGCUGGAAACCCUUUUGACACGGCCAUGGGCUCCAUUGUGGCUAAAACCACUGCCGUGAAGGACAGUGGCAAGGCAUCCAUUGGCAAAACCCCGGGCAUGGCAUCCAUUGCCGAAAAUAAGGUGUCCUCUUUGACGGUAGCUUCCAAAGCGCACCCGCUGAAAGACGCGUGGUCAUUUUGGUACCGUCCUCCCAUUUCCAAAGCCCACGGCUUCAUCGAGUAUGAAAACACCUUGCACGGAAUUGCUACCGUGCAAACCGUCGAGGAGUUUUGGGAGAUUUACUCCCAUCUGAAGAGACCUUCCACCCUGCCAGUUGUGUCGGAUUAUCAUCUGUUCAAGAAAGACGUCCGACCCAUCUGGGAGGAUGAGGUUAAUCGAAAGGGUGGAAAGUGGGUUGUGAGGAUGAAGAAGGGUGUGGCCGAUCGCUACUGGGAGGACUUGCUCCUCUCCCUCAUUGGCGACCAAUUUGGUGAUGCUGGUGAGGAUGUAUGCGGCGCUGUAUUAAGCAUGCGUAACGGGGAAGACAUUCUGAGCAUCUGGACACGAACAGCCGGUGGUCGCGUGCUCAAGAUCCGUGAGACCAUGAAAAGCGUUCUCAACUUCCCUCCAAAUACCCGCGUCGAGUUCAAAACGCAUGAUUCUAGUAUUCAGCAAAGAAGCGCCAUCGAUGAACAGCGCCGCGAAAAAGCCAACCAAAGUCAGGGUGGCGACAGACGUCACUCUCAGCGACAGAGCCACGAGUGA